AUGGCGUCCCUUGCAUUCGAGUUCUACCGGCGCGUUGCCGAUCGAUAUAAUCGCACAGAAGCAUUUGACGAAGCUUGGUCUAAUCACACGAAGUCAAAGGACUUAUGGCGAUUUGAGAGCCACGUGGGCCAGUCUGUGAUCGAGGAUCGGCUAGUCGAGAAAGAAUAUCUUGAUGUUUACUUGGAGACGGCCCUUCGAGGGACUGGAGAUGGUACUGGAGUCACAAAGUCCAACAAACCAAUUGACAUGAUCCAAACUGAGGCUGGAGAUACCUUCUCCGUGCGCUAUCUCAUUGAUGCAACCUACGAAAGAGAUCUACUUGCAGCUGCAGACAUUCCGUAUUCCACAGGUCGCGAGUCUACUGCUGCGCACCAUGAAAGCCUCGCCGGUAUCCAACACAAUACGACAUUCCCACAGCUGACUGUGAAGGUCGAUCCUUAUUGGAUUCCCGGUAACCCCUUGAGUAAACUCAUUCCUACUGCUCAAAACCAGAAACUGGGUGUUGCAGGUGCUGGUCCAGCUUUUUCAUGGCGUCUCUGCAUCACGAACAAGACCAGCAAUCUCGUUCCCUUCUCCCGACCUGAUGCCUAUGAUGCUUCGCAGUAUGAAAUCUAUGGAAGAUGCGCCCAAGCCGGCGGGUCCAUCUUCACACCGAGCAUAGUACUACCAAACGACAAGACAGACAUCAUCGGAAGUGCAACAGAAGGACUUGGAUUUGAUAUGCAAGGUCGCACAUCAGAACAUUUGAACGGCAGUCACAAACAGAGAGCCAAACUAUGCAAAGAUCUGGCACAGUGGCAAAAAGGUGAUUUGCAGUUCAAGAUCAUUCAUGGUACUAUUUCAAGACUAAUAUUGGAUGCCACCACUGAGAUUGCUUUAUUUUAUCGCCAACGACGAAUUUAUGCCAAACAAGACGCGAACGGAAUGGUCGAAAUGGGGCUACGCACGAGACGAGUUUAUUGA